AUAGAACAGGAUUCCGAUUGGCGCAUGUGCAUUCAAAAGUUAGGCGCCAGAAAGAAGAAAUGUCAAAACGUCUUAAAUAAGUUGCUUUUAAAAAAAUAUAUCUUUUUAUAUAAAAUGAGUGGCCAAUAUUGUGAAUAUUAUUGUUUAUACCUUUACACUUAUUCUAUCUAAUAUAGGCAUUCAGUUAUCAUCAUUUACAUGUGUACAAUGCUUAGAAAUAAGAUAUAAUUGCCUAUAAAGUUUCAGUUAUCAGGUGAUUUAAAGUUAAAUAAACUGUGGAGUUUGUUUGUUUGCGGGAAUACGACCCACGAACAGUUUCCCUACAGCACAAUGACGUCGUGUUUGUAUGAUUUAGACACAACUGGAGGGCUAAUGAAUGAGAUCCAGGCCCUCAUUGCACCUCCAGGAAGCGAAAAGAAAGAUAAAGGAAAGAAACCCGAGCACCCCUACUUCAAAAGGCCGGGAAAAGGACACAAUCAUGACUUUUGCGAUGCUUGCACUGAAGGUGGAGACUUAAUUUGCUGCGACAAAUGUCCCAGCAGCUUCCACUUGGGUUGCCACGAUCCUCCUUUAAACUUCGAGGAGAUUCCUCAAGGCGAAUGGUUAUGCCAUAGUUGCAAGUGUCAAAAGAAGCAAACCCAGCCGACCAGCAUAAGGAAAAGAUCUGAUAGUACGUCUUCAAAUGGCUCCAGUGGGUCAAAAACGGGGAAAAAGUUCAAAUCCAGCCCAAUGGAUUAUCUAAUUGAAGCUGCUAGUGCAAUGAAUCCUAAGCAGUUUGAACUGCCAAGAGAAAUGAGUUUGCCAAACUCAUUUUUUCCAGGAGCUGAUAAAAUUGAAAACAGUAAAUUACCGAGAAAACCGAAACAUCGCGAUUAUCAAAAAUUGCCCAACGGAUUGGUUCCUUUGCCAGCUAGAAAGUGUUCAGAAUGUCACAAGUCGUGCAGAAUAGCCCCUUUAUUGGAGUGCGAUUUUUGUCCAUCCUAUUAUCACUUGGACUGCUUAGACCCUCCUCUUACUGCACCACCUAAUGGAAUUUGGAUGUGUCCACAACACGUCGAACACACAUUGGAUUCAAAUAUAUUGACUUCAGUAUCACUGUGUGAGCGUGUUCAACUUUGGGACAAAUAUGCUGCUCCUGUAGAUCAGAACACGAUAAAGCUAGAGUUUUUCAGAAAAAUACAGAGAAAAAACCCACCGUUUAGAGUUAAAAGAAAAAUACCUGAAAUUCCAAAGAUUCAGGUGCCAGAUAUGGUAAAAUAUCACUAUAAGAAACCAGUACAAUUACUUCCUAGUUUAAAAGACGUUUUAAGGAUAGAGACCGCUUACCGAAAAAGGAGGUUAAAAGAGUCUGUAGCCGCAAAUGACAUUCAAAGUGAAGAGAUUUUGGACGCGCCAAUGGAAAAUAAGCAGGAAGCUGAGGAAUCGGAAGGGCAACUGGAAAGUCAAGCUAAAACAGAAGACGUUAAACCUUGUGAUAUUAGUGAUUUAAAUUGUGGUGAAGUGCUUUCGUCCUCACCAACGGAUUUAGUUUCGACUCCAAAUAACAGUGCACCUUCGUCAGUGAAAGUAGAGAACCCAGCUUCUUCAGUAGGAGACAGUAAUGUUCAUAUCACAAAUAAUACUUAUUACAUGAACAAUGUGCUGAACCUGCAUUUAAACUGUGGCAUGUAUGGAGCAAAUAACACGAAUAGUAAUGGCGCUUUGAAGGAAAACGGCCAAGUGGAAUUGACUAACGGCUAUUACGAAAAGGAACUACUAAAAAAAGAAGAAAAUAUUAUCAAAGAUAUUAUGGAUGGAUGCUUUACUCAUGGAGCUGAAUUAGAACUGAAACAGCUUGAUGAGCGUUUGAUAAAGAUCCUUGCAUAUCAACGGUUGCAGCAGCUUCUAGGGACUUUGAAUAACUCGCAUAGCAGCAGUACUAACGCCAAAAUGCCAUUACCUAGCGAAUUACUGACUCCUGCUGAUAUCGAUAGGAUUUCAAGGGUAUUUGCGAGUCCCAAGAAGAGACAGCGAUCAAAGCCCAUUUUAAGGGCCAGAGCUAUGCUCUGUCCCAUCGUAUCCAAGCAUUUUUAUAAUGUUAGAACCCGUGAAGUUGACCCUACAGACGUGCGACAUGAUGCAAGUUUUUUGGGGUUUAGGCCCACGGUAUCUACAAGGUUUCCAGAAGCCGUGGCAAUGCGAUAUCGAGUAUUAAACGUAGGAAAGGGAUCAUCUAAUGAUGUCGACUUGGACAAGUUCGGAUAUUGUAACUUCAUCUCUUCUAAGCACGCCACUAUAUUUUUCGAUGAUUACACAAAUAGCUACGAGCUGAUCAAUUAUGCGUCUUGUGGAACUUAUGUCAAUAAUGUGCUCUAUUCGAACAACGUGUGCAUCAAACGCAACGCGGAAAUAGUAUCUGCUGUUAAUACCACUGAGGGCUCUGACCGUGGUCAGAAUAAUAAUAUGACUCCAGAAGAAAAGGCUGCCAGCGUAGAGUAUCAAGUGAGAGAAGUUAUCUACCGCAAACGAAAGCUGUGUAGACCUGACAGUGUGGGAAGUAGUGGAAGUCUAGGGAAACGAGAUGCUAAAAUGGCUGCAGAUUGGACAGAAAGGGCUGAAUGUUGCUGCUCAAUGAAUUAUGAGGAUUUAAAGAGGGGCUGGGAAGGUUCAGCUAUCUUGAAUCACGGCUCCCUUUUGAAAUUCGGCUGUAUCAGCUUCGUUUUUUCUAUUGUAGAAAGUUCAAUGUAACACAUAAAGAAAUGGAUUCAUAAGGUUAGUUAAGGUUGUAAGAUUUAUUCAAGUGUUGAAAAUAACAGUUUUUUUUUUUCAAAAUAAACUACAAAGUAAUUGUUAAGCAAUUUCGAUUUAACUGAAACUGGGUUAUGCAAAAGUAUUUUAGUAAUAUUCCUGUUUAUGUGAAUUUUUCAAGUAUAAUAUGAAAAAAAGUGUUCAUUAAUUCAAUGAAUUUUCAUGUAAUACUGAAAUGUUUAUAUAAUUUCGAGUAAAGGCUAAUUAAUACGACGUUUGGGAAAGUAUUCACAAAUGCGACACAAUUAUUUCAUGUUGAAAAUUAGCGUAAGUAGAUUAGCGUAUGCAGAGUGGAUCGGUUAAGAUGGGAACACCUGUAAAAUGUACCUACGAUAUACAAUUUUGUUUAAGAAAAACGUGUAUGUGGAGAUUUCUUAGACACAGCUACGACUCCAAUAUAUCUAGGCUAUAACGAAUUCAUAACGUACUAAAGAUUAUUUUAUGCGAUUUUGUGGACAUCUCUCUAAGCCGGUAAUACUUUGCCUGGUUUUCAUUCGACAAUAUGUACUUUUCUUCACACAAACCAUGCGAUGACUAACUUAUUUAAAUUCACGUUGUCGGCUGUUUAUAAUUUUAUUUUGUUAUAAACACACCUGGGUGUAGAAACAUAAUGUUAAUAAAAUUCGUCGGAUUUCGUGCAUUGUAUAAUUAUGAUUUCAAUCGUUAUCAAGACAUAUACUGGACUUGCAUAUAGAAUAAAUAAAUGAUAAACAUAUAAUACCAAUUGACGUUUUGAUGUUAAAUGUUUCUGUUACGUACAAAAAUAUAUCAGCAAUAGUAAAUUGCAGUAAUAGUUUACACAGGGGUUCCCAUCCUGGUAUACAUCACUCUGUGUGCCCACGGGCACCAAUUGAGAUUGGAACCGAAAAUGCUUUUUAUCAUUUUGCGGGACUUGUAAUUUUGUACUAUAUAGCAGGUACAUAUUUGUAAAUAUUUAGUGGUUAACUAAGGUAGAAUUAUUCACUCCAAGUAAGUUAUUAACUAUUUUUUUGUAUAUAUUUGAGUAUCUACAGUAGUUCUAAAGUCACGUAUUUCAAUACUGAAGGUUGAUUAUAUGUUGAAAUACAAAUAUUUUUAUUUAAA